UAACGAUUUGUGCGAAACGUCUGAAAUAAACGAAUACUAUAAAUAUAAUAAUACAGUAGGGAAAUAAACAAAUAUGGGAAUCUUCAAGUAAUUUACAGUCAGUGUAGUCACAUCUCUCGCGUCGUAUGAUGAUGAUGAUGAUAAUAACAGCAGUUACAGUUUGGUUUGUAUUUAUAACGCGAUUGCAAAUAAAUCCUGGCGGAUUCCUAUCGUGAGGUCGUUCAUGAGGAUAGGAGGAGGGAGUGAAGAGGAUACAUGCAUGAAUAAAGGGGAUUAGAGGAUUCGAUAAUUAAUUAGUCCCUGUACAAUCUGUGCUCAUGCGACUUUAUCGGCGAGUUCUGUUAGCGAAAGGUUCGUGCAUCCUUCUCUCCCAUACCGUAACGAAAUAAUAAUAUGCAACGGCAACGACAAAUUGCUUCCUCGAAUUUGUUUGGAAUCAUCUUGGAUCGGGUCAUGUAAUUUUCAUUCGCUGAAGGCAUGGAGAACGUCACGUUACAUUACCCAGAGUUCUGGUACAGCAGAAGUUAUUAUGAAGGGAACGUGUCUACUUUAAAUGCAACUGAACCUACGAAAUUCGUCUCAACUUUAAGAUUAUACGACAUUCUGAUUCCGGCGAUUGGAAGUUUGGCCAUUAUCUUGAAUUUCGCUGUAAUCAUUUCCAGUGGGUUGAUUUUAAAGAAAGGACAACAACCACGAUCUACCUAUCUAUUCUUAGGCAAUGUGGCUAUGACAGAUUUUGUCACAGCAGUUUCGGUAGUCUUUGGAGAAGUUUAUCCUAAGAGUAAUCGGGAUCACUACAUAUGCGCUUUACAAAUUGGUAUGAUCGUGUCAAGUACGUUAGCAUCUGUGUUCUCCGUUGGAUUAAUUGCGAUAGACAGAUUUCUAUACAUCCUGCAUGGUUUAAAUUAUCAAAGAUGGGUGUAUCCGACACGUGCUAGAGUUUGCAUUGCAAUAUCCUGGUUCAUAGGCUUGGUAAUAGGUUUUCUCCCUUUGUUUGGAUGGUAUGGAGAUACGAAUAAUGGAAGGAAAUGUUGGUUCAUACUAUUAGCACCAAAAGAUCUGAUAAAGUUAACCGUAAUCGCAGGAGGAAUUCCUCUACUCACAGUGAUGGUUCUCUACUCGAUAAUACUCUAUCACGCAAUCAAAAACAUCUACAGAUUGCAAAGAGCAGAGCAGACCAACGAAACGGACCCAAACGGUCUACGAAUCUUUCGUGGUAAAUCGGUGGAAUCCGUGGAUUCCGUUGUACAAACCGAGCCGGGACAACCGGUUCAGAACGUCUUCAAACGCAUGUUCAUGAGAAAGCCUACAUCUAAAGUCAAGGGUCCCAACAAGUGGAGGGCUAUUAAAGUUGUGUUCUUUACAUCAGGAAGCUUCCUAAUAACAUGGGGUCCGUACUUCAUAGCAUCGCUGCUGUAUGUGUACUGCGGCGAAAGCGAUGGAGACAGAUGCAAGAAUUUGUCAAUACUAGUAGCAAGCCCACUUGCGAUUUUGGGCUUCUUCAACUGCUUGAUAAACCCGGUGAUUUACGCGUGGUGGCAUAAGGGAUUCAGAGAGUUUGUGAAGAAGACAUGGGGAUCAAUUAGGAGGAGGCGUAGAAGCAUCCAAAACAACUCCACCUCUACGACUAAGACCCAUAGCAAGGGCGAAGAGUCUUCUAGCAAACAGGAAAUGGAGAGCAGAGAUGCAGUUUAAAAAGUCUCACCGCUAGUUUGCUUAUC